GUGCCACUGUCUUCCCCGAGCGGCCGCGCACAGGCAGCAGCUAAAGAUACCCUCUCCUGGGCCUUUAAAGGGCGACUCCGGGCUCACGAGCUGGGAGAAAGGAUGUUCACUGUGCUGACCCGCCAACCCUGUGAGCAAACAGGGUUCAAGGCCCUCUCCCGAACUUCAGCCAUCAUUGCCUUGGUGGUCUUGCUUGUGAGUAUUGUGGUGCUUGUGGCUAUCACACUUGUCCAGAUUCACCAGAAAGAGGUCCUUGCACCAGGACUGAAGUAUGGAAUCGUGCUGGAUGCUGGAUCUUCCAGAACAACCAUCUAUGUUUAUCAGUGGCCAGCAAAGAAGGAGAAUAAUACCGGAGUGGUCGGUCAAACCUUCAGAUGUAAUGUGAGAGGUUCUGGAAUCUCCAGCUAUGGGAAUAACCCCCAAGAUGUCUCCAAAGCCUUUGAGGAUUGCAUGCAGAAAGUCAAGGAGCAGAUUCCAGCCCACCUCCAUGGAUCCACCCGCAUUUACCUGGGAGCCACGGCUGGGAUGCGCUUGCUGAGGUCGCAAAAUGAAACAGCAUCUAAUGAAGUCCUUGCAAGCAUCCAAAACUACUUCAAGUCCCAGCCCUUUGAUUUUAGGGGUGCUCAAAUCAUUUCUGGGCAAGAGGAAGGGGUGUAUGGAUGGAUUACAGCCAACUAUUUAAUGGGAAAUUUCCUGGAGAAAAACCUGUGGCAUAUGUGGGUGCAUCCGCAUGGAGUGGAGACUACAGGAGCCCUGGAUUUAGGUGGAGCCUCCACCCAAAUAUCUUUUGCUGUGGAAGAAAAGGCAGGGCUGAACACCAGCAGCAUCAUGCAGGUGUCCCUCUAUGGCUACGUGUACACCCUGUAUACACACAGCUUCCAGUGCUAUGGACGGAAUGAGGCUGAGAAGAAGUUUCUGGCAGUGCUUCUUCAGAAUUCUGUCACCAAAACCAACCUCAUCAACCCCUGCUACCCUCAGGGUUAUACCACCACCUUCACUAUGAGCCAUCUGUUUGACAGCCUGUGCACGCUGGACCUGAAGCCAGCCAGUUACAAUCCCAGUGACAACAUCACUUUUAAAGGAACCGGGGACCCAUCACUGUGUAGGCAAAAGGUGGCUUCCCUAUUUUACUUUGAAGCUUGCCAUGACCAAGAAGACUGUUCCUUUAAUGGAGUUUAUCAGCCAAAAAUUAAAGGGCCAUUUGUGGCUUUUGCAGGAUUCUACUACACAGCCAGUGCUUUGAAUCUUUCAGGUAGCUUUUCCCUGGACACCUUUAACUCAAGCAGCUGGAAUUUCUGCUCACAGAAUUGGAGUCAGCUUCCGCUGCUGCUCCCCAGGUUUGAGGAGGUGUACGCCCGCUCCUACUGCUUCUCAGCCCACUAUAUCUACCACCUGCUCGUCAAUGGAUACAAAUUCACCAAGGAUACCUGGCCCCAAGUCCAUUUUAAAAAAGAAGUGGGGAACAGCAGCAUAGCCUGGUCUCUUGGCUACAUGCUCAACCUGACCAACCAGAUUCCAGCCGGAAGCCCCCUGAUCCGCCUGCCCAUGCAGCCGCCUGUCUUUGCGGGCAUCCUCGCCUUCUUUGCAGUGGCGGCCUUGCUGUGCCUGGCGUUUCUUGUGUAUCUUUGUGCAGUGCCCAGGAUACAGAAGCCCUCCCAGCAUUCCUUCGACUAUGCAGUGGAUUCUGAGUGAGCCUCAGGAAGCUGCUCCUGGAGCCUGAGGGCUGCCUAGAGCCAGGCUGGGUGGUGCCAGGCAAUGCAGGCAAAAGGGUCACCUUCAGGAAACACAACUGAAGUCGAACAGCCUAUGGCAUGUGCCUCUCAGAUGCUGGUUUAUGCCAAAGCACCUCUUGGGGAGCCCUUCAGCUGUGUGUGCACACGGCUCCUCCAGAGGCCCCACCACCCACUUGAUGAUGUAUUAGGGAGCAGAGGGGAGACAGGCCAUCAAGGUCAGGCUCUUUAUCCCAAGCUUCCCAGAGGUAGAGCAAGUUGAAGAUAUGACAGCUUAAUGAUGAAGAAUUGACCUCAGGGCUCACUUGCCUUUUUCCCUCCCUCAGUAUUUCUCCAGCAAGUUUGGAAGCUGGUGGAUGCCAUUAAGUGCAUUUGGCCCAGUCAUGUGUCUCAUUUUAUGGUUUCCUCCCUUUGGUCUUUAACUAACACCUUUAGCAAUUCCAUAAACAUUGAGCUUCUCAGACUAGUACAAUAUAGUGCCUGGAGAAGAAAGACCCCUUUAUCCCAAAGCAGUGGCCACUGUCUGGGUUCUCUGCUUUGGCAGAACCUGAAGCACAGAGACACACAGAGCAUCUCCCACACAACUGUAGGCCAUUCUCAAAAUGGAAUCCCCAUUCAGGGCUCUGGUCUCUAGAUUCCAACCUGUGUGGGUCAUGAUCCUCACCUCCCCAUCACAUUGCUACGAUCGCCUAUAACACACUUUCACUCCCAGAGAGGUUACUGCAUUCAGCCCCUGUUUCCUUUGCUAGCCCUUUACCUACGGCUGCCUUUUCAUCGCUAGCGUGGUGUGUGUAUUUUGCCCAUCAGGUAUACUUGAUGCCAUCGUAAGACAUCCUUAUUCUGUGAUUUGCUUACCCAUUACUUCCUCAGAAUGUAUGCCUCCAGAAUAGCCAUAGGUCUUGACUGGGGAAAGAAAAAGAAGCUGCAGGAAUGUUUAAACCCAAACUGGGAUGGGAAAGAACUCCAGCAACUCAACUGAUGACAAACGAAAAAGUAACAUUUCAGAUUGCUUUUUGUGACAUUACUCGUACCUGUAUAGAAUAAAGGACUCUUAUUUUAUUUGGGUUUGCAGCGUG